AUGUCGACGUCGCGGGACUCGGCGUCGUCCCACGGCUCCAAGAAGCCGAGCCGACGAAGUGUUGGGGAUUUCAUCAUCGAAAAGGAGAUUGGCAAGGGGAGCUUUGCUCAAGUGUAUCAAGGAUGGCAUCACAAAACGAGGGAGAUCGUUGCUAUCAAGUCUGUCGAGCUGGAGCGGCUCAACAGGAAGCUCAAAGAGAAUCUAUAUGGAGAGAUCAAGAUCUUGAAGACGUUGCGACACCCUCACAUUGUGGCGCUCCAUGACUGCGUCGAGUCGUCGACGCACAUCAACUUAAUCAUGGAAUACUGCGAACUCGGCGAUUUGUCCUUGUUCAUUAAGAAGCGAGAUAAACUCAGCACGCACCCGGCUACUCACGACAUGGCUCGUAAGUAUCCAUGCGCCCCAAACUCGGGCCUACACGAGGUCGUUAUCAGACAUUUCUUGAAACAGCUCGCGAGCGCUCUUGAGUUCCUUCGAACCAACAACUACGUACAUCGCGACGUCAAGCCACAAAACCUGCUGCUUCUGCCGGCACAGUUCCUGCGGGACCAGCGUGGUUUGCCAGUAAUGGAGGCCAGCCAGAAUUCAUUGAUUCCAGUUGCUGGUCUGGCUUCCCUGCCUAUGCUUAAGCUUGCAGAUUUCGGAUUUGCCCGGGUGCUUCCGUCGACGUCGCUUGCCGAGACACUGUGCGGUUCCCCGCUCUACAUGGCACCUGAGAUUCUCCGAUAUGAGAAAUACGACGCAAAGGCUGAUCUUUGGUCUGUGGGCACCGUCUUGUAUGAGAUGGCCACUGGGCGCCCGCCAUUCCGGGCUCGAAAUCACGUCGAACUCCUCAGGAAGAUAGAAGCUGCCGAGGAUGUAAUCAGAUUCCCAAGAGAAGUCAUCAUCAGCCCCGAAUUGAAGAGUCUUAUCCGGGCUCUGCUCAAGCGGACACCCGUCGAGCGAUUGAGCUUCGAAGGCUUCUUCACUCACCCCGUCGCGACAACUGACAUUCCCGGACUCGUGGAAGAUGAUGUUCCCAGGUCACCACCGAAGAUAGAUACUGAGGUAGGAGCUGGGGCUGUAGCCAAGCCACCGUCGCCGCGUAUUGCAUCACUACGACAAGCUGGAAAUGACCCGGCACAAGAGCCACGUCUCUCUAUGUCUCCUCGAGAAAGCCGCCCACGCUCACCGUCAGGUGGCAGUCCUGGUCAAGCCCGGUUUCCCCGACGAGAUGAAGCACUUCAGAGGCCCGGCAGCUCAGCACGUGAUGAGAAGGAAGGUCUUGGGAUUAGAAGACCCGGUCCCCCUCUUCAUGCUGCUUCCGCCCCACCUAAGGCACGCGUUGGAGAAGUACCCGGUCGCCACAAUACAGUUCCUGAUGCGCGAGCCCCCGAAGCCCGUAAAUCAUCAGCCGGCCGUCGUCCUUCGGCUGAGGAAGAGAAAGCCGCCCAAGACGUUAUGUUUGAGCGUGACUAUGUCGUUGUGGAGAAGAGGCAUAUCGAAGUAAAUGCCUUGGCUGAUGAGCUAGCGGAGAAUGAGAAGCUUGGGCAUAGGGGUCAGAGCCUCCCCAAGACGGGCCAGAUAGUACGACGAGCGACCCAGCAAGGAGCUCCAACUUCGACGACUGGUGCCAUACCUACCCCGAGCUCUCGGACCGCGUUGAUAUCCCAAGGCCACGCUUCACACGACAGGAGAUCCUCGUAUGACAAGAGCCUUUCUGCCAGCCCAGGAUCGGCAUCAAGUGCCAUUUCCAAGGCGAUCCAGGACGCAAGCCUGAGGCUAUUUGGUUUCAAAGUACCGCCACUGAGGACGGGAAAGGGUCAAUCGCCCCCCCUGUACCAUCCGUUCCCUGCAUAUCCAACUCCGACCUACGCUGGACUUCUCGGGGAUGGAAAGGGAACACAGGUAGCCGACGAGGAUAUGGGAGCGGCACAAACGAUUGAGGAACUCGCCACCCGCAGUGACUGUGUCUAUGGAUUCGCUGAAGUCAAGUACAAGCAGCUUGUGCCGAUGGCGCCCUCAGCUGAACAUGGCCUUGGCGGAGCCGACCCGAACCAGAUACACACCGAGGAAGAUGGACUCACCGUCGAAGCUAUUGUGUCUCUUUCGGAAGAAGCACUGGUUCUCUAUGUCAAGUCUCUCACCUUGCUUGCCCGCGCGAUGGACAUUGCCAGCGUAUGGUGGUCCAACAGAACUCGUAGCGAACCAUCCACUGGUGUCUCGGCUGCGGUGUCACAAAAUGUAGUACAGCGCAUCAAUUCGGUCGUGCAAUGGGUGCGCAGCCGGUUCAACGAAGUCUUGGAGAAAUCCGAGGUUGUUCGUUUGAAGCUGACGGAAGCACAAAAACAAGUUCCCGAAGACCACCCCAGCCAUCCCUCCAACCAGGAGAGCAGCUCCAUCUCGUCUUCAGCUGGUGGGUCAGGAGUUAAGCAGGUGUUCCUCACGCCCGGAAUCAGCGCCGAGAAGCUGAUGUUUGAACGAGCUCUCGAAAUGAGCCGGGCGGCUGCCAUUGACGAAGUAACGAAUGAAAACCUUCCUGGCUGCGAGCUCUCCUACAUUACAGCAAUCCGAAUGCUUGAGGCUGUUCUGGAUGGCGAUGAGAACGUGCCGCAAAAGGCCUUGGAAUCUGGAAAGGAUACGAACAAGGGAGCUGUCGCAGAAAUCGACAGCGACGAGGAGCACAUUAAAACAUUGAUUGCAAUGAUCACCAAAAGGCUAGUGUCAGUUCGUAAAAAGCUGCAAAUGAUUGCUGAGGCAAACAGGGCCCAGCAAGCAUCACCACACCUUGGUCAUCGCCGAAGCGGAGAUGUGACGCCCCGAAGCGUGCCCUCGUCUUAA